UGGCGAUUCACCUUCCAAUUUCCAUAUUUAGAAACAGAAUUAUGGUGUAAACUCACAGUACCUUUCAAAGCUCCUAUAAAAUCAACCCCCUCAAUCUUAUUUUCACCCAUGUUUUUUCAUUCUGCCUUCUCCAAUCUCAGUCUCCACAUUCCUAUUAUUUCAUACAUUUGGGGAUACAGUCCACAAGUUCACAUCCUCGUUGGCUAUUUCAGUGUUUUCUCAAACGAAACAAAACAAAGGGCAGGAGAAAUAAAAGUGAAGGGCAAAAACCCAUAUUAAAUCCCGGGAUUGGCGGAUUUUUCUUGUUUUACUAACUUAAAAGGCGUUCCGGGUUUGACUUGAAUCUGGGUUGCAGAGCAAUGGCAAGAACACUGUUUCUGCAGCAGUCUUUUCCUGUUUCUUUCUCUGCAUUUACUCAACGCCGCCCUUCAAUCAAAAUCCUCGAUCCUCGGAAUCGUUUCCUUGCAUCAAGACUUGACCGCUUCUCAUAUCAGAGUAAUGUCAAAGUUCUUUCUGACCCUGCUCCUGGCUCUGCUUCUGUUUCCGCUCUGCCCGGUGAACGUGAAAAGCUGAGCUUAUCAAUAGGUUCAAUUAAUGAGUUGAUUGAAUCUUUGAUAAAUCGAGUGGAUUUAACGGAGUCCGAGGCAGAGGCGUCCCUAGAUUUUUUGUUAGCUGAAGCUAAUGAGGCUCUGAUUAGUGCUUUUCUUGUUUUGUUGAGAGCCAAAGGCGAGACCUUUGAAGAAGUUGUUGGUUUGGCGAGGGCAAUGAUAAAGUAUGCUUGGAAGUUAGAAGGGUUGAAUGAUGUGGUUGACAUUGUUGGAACGGGUGGUGAUGGUGCAAACACUGUGAAUAUAUCAACUGGUGCUUCAAUAUUGGCUGCAGCUUGUGGUGCAAAAGUUGCCAAGCAAGGGAACCGAUCAAGUUCUUCUGCCUGUGGAAGUGCUGAUGUAUUGGAAGCUCUAGGGGUAGUUAUUGAUUUGGACCCAGAGGGAGUAACAAGCUGUGUGAAUAAAGCAGGAAUUGGUUUCAUGAUGUCACCAAAGUACCACCCAGCAAUGAAGAUUGUUAGCCCUGUUAGAAAGAAGCUAAAAAUUAAAACUGUGUUCAAUAUAUUGGGCCCUAUGUUGAACCCGGCAAGAGUGCCUUACGCAGUUGUUGGUGUUUACAACGAAGAUCUAGUCCUCAAAAUGGCUAACGCACUACAACGAUUUGGCAUGAAACGAGCAUUAGUUGUUCACUCAGAGGGUUUAGAUGAAAUGAGUCCCCUUGGGCCCGGGCAAGUUCUUGAUGUCACUCCAGAAAAAAUUGAAAAAUUUUCAUUUGAUCCAUUGGAAUUUGGCAUUUCUCGUUGUACUUUAGAUGACCUGCGAGGUGGCGGCCCGGAAUACAAUGCUGAUGUAUUGAAGCGCAUAUUGGCAGGGGAAAGAGGCCCCAUUGCGGAUGCACUUAUCCUUAAUGCAGCAGGGGCUCUCCUAGUCAGUGGCUGUGUGAAGUCGCUUGCUGAAGGAGUAAGUUUGGCUCGUGAAACACAAUUAUCAGGAAAAGCUCUCAACACCCUUAGUUCAUGGAUAGACAUCUCAAACAACAUGAAAGCAAAAGCUCUAGUACAAGAAAACUCUGGAAGUUUUAGCUAAACAUUCAAUAAAAAGCUCAAGAACCUGGAAAUGCUUUUGAAAAUUUGGGAUUUCUUUCUACUACAUUAGAACGGUGUUUCCAUGUGGAAGGAUUGGAAGCUAGCUCCUCUGAACUUCAAAGGACUUGAUGGGAUCAUCCUGAAACAGUGAAACAUUUGAAUAUAAGAAGAAGAAAAUGCAUGCUUGUAAUCAUAGAUACAUUUAUGCUCUUGAGUCUUUAUCUUGGCCUCAACUAUGUAUUCUGCAAGUAUCUCUUGUUCCCAUUUUGCCCAACACAUGAAUUUCAGUUGCAAGACAUUGUAUGGGAGAAGAAAGCACCUCAAGCCGUUUGGCUUCUGUCCUGUUUCACUGCUUUGACUGUUGUUCAUCUGUAAAAGCUCUUAUGGUAGUUACUCGUAUAAGAAUAUAGUGUUUGGUCAAAAUUUAGAACAAUUUCUUUGGAACCCAUUGAACUGGAACAGUUUUAUAUUGGGCUUAAAUCUUUAAAAAAGUCUUAUACUAUGAUCAUUUAUUCCCAAACAAGCUUUUAGCCUUCACAAAAAUUUAACCGUCAUCAGAUCAAUGUCUGGUUCUUUUCUGCUUAUGAUCUAGC